GACUCUGCAGGGAAGGAUGCAGUCUGCUGGAAGGCCCUGGAGAGCUUGGGAAAAGCCACGGUGGAGAGUUGUGGCGUUUUGGAUAUAUUUGGCACAGAGUGCUCACACCUCUGCUCGAGGGAUUCGUAUGGCUUGAAGGGCAGAGCCGGAGCCUGGCACUCUGACCUCCAUGGAUCCCCUAAACCUCUCCUGGUACGAGGGUGACAUCGGUGACAGGAACUGGAGCAGGGCCCUGAACGCCUCCCAGGCUGAGCAGAAGCCCCAGUACAACUACUAUGCCAUGCUGCUCACCCUGCUCAUCUUCGUCAUCGUCUUCGGCAACGUGCUGGUGUGCAUGGCCGUGUCCCGGGAGCGAUCCCUGCAGACCACCACCAACUACCUGAUCGUCAGCCUGGCCGUGGCAGACCUGCUGCUGGCCACCCUGGUCAUGCCCUGGGUGGUCUAUCUGGAGGUGGUUGGUGAGUGGAGGUUCAGUCGGAUCCACUGUGAUAUCUUUGUGACCCUGGAUGUCAUGAUGUGCACUGCCAGCAUCCUCAACCUCUGUGCCAUCAGCAUAGACAGGUACACAGCAGUGGCCAUGCCCAUGCUCUACAACACCCGCUACAGCUCCAAGCGCAGGGUCACCCUCAUGAUCGCUGUGGUCUGGGUGCUCUCCUUUGCCAUCUCCUGCCCGCUCCUCUUUGGCCUCAACAACACAGAUGCCAACGAGUGCAUCAUUGCCAACCCUGCCUUCGUGGUGUACUCCUCCAUCGUGUCCUUCUACGUGCCCUUCAUCGUCACCCUGCUGGUCUACGUCCAGAUCUACCUCGUGCUGCGGCGCCGCAGGAAGCGCGUCACCACCAAGCGCAGCAGCCACGUCCUGGACUCGGACACACAGGCCCCCCUGAAGGACAAAUGCACUCAUCCAGAAGACGUCAAGCUCUGCACAGUUAUUGUGAAGUCCAAUGGGAGCUUCCAAGUUAAUAAGCGCAAAGUGGAGGCAGAGAGCCACAUGGAGGAGAUGGAAAUGGAGAUGGUGUCCAGCACCAGCCCCCCCGAGAAAACCACCUUCAAACCCGCAGCACCCAGUAACCGCCAGCUGGUCGUGCCAGUUGCCUCCAACAGGGGCAACAACUCCACCCUGCAGACAUCCCUGAACAGCCCUGGGAGAGUGGAGAAGAAUGGCCAUGCCAAAGAAACCCACCACACAGCCAAGGUCUUCGAGAUCCACUCCCUGCCCAACGGCAAGACGAGGAACUUCCUCAAGGCUGUGACCAGGAGGAAACUGUCCCAGCAGAAGGAGAAAAAGGCCACCCAGAUGCUGGCCAUCGUCCUUGGUGUUUUCAUCAUCUGCUGGCUCCCCUUCUUCAUCACCCACAUCCUGAACAUGCACUGCGAUUGCAGCAUCCCCCCGGCCAUGUACAGCGCCUUCACAUGGCUGGGCUACGUCAACAGCGCUGUCAACCCCAUUAUCUACACCACCUUCAACGUCGAGUUCCGCAAGGCUUUCAUGAAGAUCCUCCACUGCUAAAAGUCAAAAAAAAAAACAAAAAACCAAAACAAAA